CCCAACGCGCGUUUCCGGUUUCCGGCCGCGGGCUAAGGGGCGGGCUGGAGCGGUGGUGAGAGUUUGGUAGUUGCGGUUGGGCGUGUGCGUUGUCUGAAACUCGGUAAGGCUUCGAGGUGUUCUGUGGAGACCUGCAUUUGCUUUUGGCCUGAUUUCCUGCCCUCUAGGAGUCGCUCUUGUGGGCCUUUUGAGGGAAACAAGCUCCCAUCUCUCUGUUGGAAGCCUUUCAGUCACAGGAUGAGUCUGCAGUGGACUGCUGUUGCCACCUUCCUCUAUGCAGAGGUCUUUGCUGUGUUGCUUCUCUGCAUUCCCUUCAUUUCUCCCAAAAGAUGGCAGAAGAUUUUCAAAUCCCGGCUGGUCGAGUUGGUAGUGACCUAUGGCAACACCUUCUUUGUGGUUCUCAUCAUCAUCCUUGUGCUGUUGGUCAUUGAUGCUGUACGUGAGAUCCGAAAAUAUGACGAUGUGACAGAAAAGGUGAACCUCCAGAACAAUCCAGGUGCCAUGGAGCACUUCCACAUGAAGCUUUUCCGUGCUCAGAGGAAUCUCUAUAUUGCUGGCUUUUCCUUGCUGCUGUCCUUCCUGCUUAGACGCCUGGUAACUCUCAUCUCCCAGCAGGCCACACUUCUGGCCUCCAAUGAAGCCUUUAAAAAGCAGGCAGAAAGUGCCAGUGAGGCGGCCAAGAAAUACAUGGAGGAGAAUGACCAGCUAAAGAAGGGAGCUGCUGAGGACGGAGGCAAGUUGGAUAUUGGGAGUGCUGAGGUGAAGUUAGAGGAGAACAAGAGCCUGAAGAAUGACCUGAAGAAGCUAAAGGAUGAGCUGGCCAACACCAAGAAAAAACUAGAGAAAGCUGAAAAUGAGGCUCUGGCCAUGCAGAAGCAGUCCGAGGGCCUUACCAAGGAAUAUGACCGCCUACUGGAAGAGCAUGCCAAGCUGCAGGCCUCAGUACGUGGUCCCUCUGACAAGAAGGAGGAGUAAAGGCUUGUUUCUCCCACUGCCUGCAGCUGGCUUCCACCUGCCCCAUGCUCACUGAUUCCUGGGAGCUUAGCCUCUCCCCCUGGUACUUGGGUUUAUUCCCUUCUACUUCCCCAGUUUUCUUCCAAAGCUUAUAGAUCAUUAUUUUGACCCCUUUAGACAUACUGCUACCAUACCAAAAGGGACCUGAUUGUUGCUCAUUUGGAGUAAUUUUGCCAUGGUCCUGCCUGGCCAGGGCACUUUUUACUCCUGGAAAUGUAGAAGGGCACUUGUGACCUGGCCUGCAGUUGAGCCCCAUUUAUUUUGCUGUGUGUCCUAAAGAAGGCUGUGAGGCAAGUCACUUGUGUUAUCCCGGGGGCAAUAAAGGUUGUUAUGUUACAAGG